CAAACCACGAUGGGACGUGAUAUGCGGGCUUGACGUCAUAUCACUCAUGAUAGUCAUCAGUCUUACUAUCAAUCAAUCAUUUAUCCAAUGUUUUGGUUUUGUAGCCACCCAUAUACGCGCACGUACGCACGUAUACACACACACACAUACACAUACACACACACAUGCACACAUACACACACAUAUAAUACAAGCUUGUCAAGCAAGAGAGUAA